AUGCCGGCAGCCAAUGAAUAUCCCCAGGAUUCUGUUCUACCGCAGUCUCAUUACUCAUGGGGGACGCAAAACGCCAUUUCGUGGUCCAAACAUGGCUUCGUCACUUAUGCUAUGCCACCUGCUACUUCAGGGUUCAAUUUGUACAUGACAUAUUUGGAAAAUGUGGACGGCAAGGACUGGCAAUUGGCUCGGCCACAGGGAUUGACUAUAAAGCCACUGGAGGACAGUGGAGUGCCUGAGCUCUCUAUGGUGCAAUGGAGCAACUUGCUGACUGAUUUGGCAGUGUUUGAUGAGCAAGGGAACUUCUACAUUCUUUUGGCUGGUGUUGGGCUCCUCAGUAGCAAAGGAAAGGGAAAUGGAUCGCUGAAUGGAAACGGUACAUCGAUUGGUGCCUCUAAUGGACAUAACAACGGAAGUUCCAACGGAAAUGGUCACAUCAGCGGAAACUCCAAUGGAACUGCAGUUAAUGGAAGUCAAAAUGGGGCCAGCAAGCCCAAUCCAGACGAUCUGGAAGGUCCUUCGUACGAAUUGACUUCAUAUAACCAUACGGAAAUGAUUUUCCGAGACAUUUCGCCAACGAAUGGUCCACCGCACAGCAGAUGCGUUGCAUUUAAGUGGCUUGGGAUCGAAAAGCCGCAGAUCAUCAAUAAGGCAGCUGAGUUGGCGCUGGAUGGCCGUAAUUACUCAUAUGGAGUCCACCAGCACCAGAUUCCGAAGCUUGCUCAUCCGAUUGCAACCAAGCAGGCAUGUGUUGCGCUCAGACAAAACGGUAUUUUCAACCUCUACUACCAGGGAGAACACAAGGUGGAAUACCACAAAUUGUCGGCGAAUUUGGCAGCUGACGGCUCCGAAGGAUAUAUUUACUUCUCCCAUGCUUCCAUAGGGUUUUCAGCCGACCGUAAGAUCAUUGUCGUGGCAUAUGAGGCUGGAUCGAAAAUGGUCUAUACCUACUCCAUUUCUGUUGAUUGGGGAUUCUUGGUGGACUCGGCGGUGAAACAGAAGACCGAUCCACACUAUCACACACCGAAGGAGGGCCAGAAACUUCCCCGAAUGACCGCACAACUUCUUCACCAAAUGGCUCCCGUUCCUAAUGCUACUGGUGAAUUAUCUGCCCAGCUGAUGAAGCCAUCGAUUGAGGUAAGUCGGUUGAAGCUGAUUGACGUUGUCUCGCCAUACUAUAACGUUGGGUCUGAUUUAGAGAUUCUUCUAAGCUACGAUGUUAUAUCUGGCAACGCGUACUCGAGCACAAUAUUUCGCUACCACUUGAAAGACUGUGCCGAUUCCAUGGAAGAUGUGUUUGCAAACAUAGCAGGAGACGAUCCCGUGGAGAAGGGCAAGGUUUACUCACUAGUCAUCCAGGAUAAGAUGACGGUGGGAAAACGCUUACAACAGAUCAAUACCUUCGUGGCAGAUUCGCUCAUUCUCAUAAUCUAUGAGGACGGAACUAUUGAUGCGGUGGAUAGAUCCACAUGGGCUGUCAUGGGUGCUACUGAAACUCCUGUCAAAGAUGAAGACAUGGAUAUUAAGGGCCUGUCUUAUCCACAGCAAUUGAAGACAAUUCUUGACUGUGGUUUCAGAUUCCCAAGAUUCAGGGAAGAUUCGGCAGUAUCGGGCCCCUUGAUGGUCUCAAUUUCACCAAACAUGACUUGCAUGGCUGUUCAGAGAUUUGGAGGUGAUACUUCUCUUGAAUUGAAAGUGAUGAAUCAUCCACAUGAAGCACACGACACUCACCUUACAGCCAUUGGAGUCGCAUACUCUCACGCCCAUGCAUGCUACGCUAACACAAGCUCCGACGAUAUAAUAGUAUUGAUUCGAGAAGAGUUAGAAAGACUCUCUGAUCCGACUUUGAGUAAUAAGCUUGUCGAGCAAUUAAUCAUUGAAUCGCACAGAGCUAUCAACUUCCAAUUAAACUCUUUCAGCAAAGAGUCCGUCGAUAAACUUCUUUCAAAUCCGCCAAUGCAGAAGCUACUUUCUUUGCAGCUUGCAGUUAGUGAACACCAUACUCUGAACCGUGCCAUUCGUGAUUUGGCAUGGGUGGUAUUGAACUUGAGAUCGACCAGUUUUGGAAUUAUGUUUUCCUUGUCUAGCAUUUACCGUCAGAUUUCCAAGAAAAAGCCCGUGGAAGACAGUUUGGAGGACUCCAUUAGUCGAGCCGAAUGUAUCAUUCUGUUAGUUGGUAAUGUCAAGUGGCUCAUUGACCUAAUUGUGUAUCUCAACCAAGAAUUACUUCAGUUGGCCCUUACAAGAUCCAGACCGGAGGGGUCGUUGAUCAAUAUCCAUAACUCUGUGGCACUUCCAAUCAUCAUGAGCAAGGUUCCUCGGUUGUUCCUCAUGUACGCUCUCUCUUCAAUCGGCAAAACACACGAGAUUUUGAAAAAGCUCCAAAAAGAUCUUAGCGAGAGCAACAAACUCUUCACGCCGAUGAAAGAGGCAUUGAACAGAUUCUUUGGAGCUUGCAACUCCCUGCCUUUGAACUUGAGUAUUUUCGAAAGUUUCUUGCGUGAGGUGGAGAUCUUAGUGAGCAAAGAAGUGGCUACCCGUGCUCAACUGGACAGUUCCAUUCCACUCAAGUUGGAGCAGCACCUCUUCUGCCUUGGUGUUAUCCCUGAUGGUAUUCGAAAUAUAGCUAAUAUGACCAUUGAGAGACAUGCUGCUAGCAUUAACCGAGACAUGAAAUUGUCCGAAUUAUAUUUCUACGAUUCGAGCUGGAUUGAUGUUGGAAUUGCAACUCGGGAGUUUCCCAAGGACGAAAGAGUAAAGGAGGUGUUUAAACCAACGCAAAUCAGACUACAAUACUCUCCACAUGAGUCUGUGGAUGCUUUGCGAAAGGUGAUCAUUUCUGCCUCAUCACCAAUCACCAGUGGCGGAGUGUCCGUUAUGGGAAGAGGUUAUGAUUCCUCUAAUAAGGUUAGAAAGUGUACGAGAUGUCGAUCAGUUUCUUUGGUUGCAGACCCACUAGUAUUUGAUGCACCCAGUACUAUUGGUCUAUGGACCAUGGUGUUUCAACGUACAUGUAUUUGUGGAAGCACAUGGGUGAAUUGCUCUUGA